AUGCUGAAAAAAUCGCUGUUGGGAUUCAAGAGUGUUCUGUUGACUCCACUGCUGUUGCAAAAUUCUUACGACUCCAACAUUUCGAUACCAGAGAAACUGAAUGCAUUGGAUGCAGACUACAUAAAAUCUGUCAUACCAAAUUUAGAUAUCCCACAUGAACGGCUUACAGCCAAAGUCCUAAGUUACCCAAUCGAUCGGCAAAAUCAACUUGCAGGUAAUAAGAACUUUGAGGACAAAAAAACGUUUAAAAAGACUGCUUACGUCAAUAUGCCGCCGAAAGUGAACAGAUACUGGCCAUUCAAACGUAUUGAACUCAGCAAGCUGAGAGAGAAGAAACGUUUUCUGAGAAAAGCUAUAAAAUUGAAAAUUCAAAGACCAUAA